AUGGGUUUUGGUAGCGUCUUCUCAUUGGUCAGCGACAGAUUGGUGUUGGUUGAAUUGUUCAAGCAUCCUCAUGUAUUGCUUCUUCAGUAUAGAAACUCCAUCUUCAAGCUUCCUGGUGGUCGUUUGAGACCUGGUGAAUCAGAUAUUGAAGGUCUGAAACGCAAACUCGCGUCAAAGCUUUCGGUUAACGAGAAUGUUCUUGUUUCGGGUUUGGAGGUAGGAGAAUGCAUUGGGAUGUGGUUGAGACCAAACUUUGAGACACUGAUGUAUCCAUUCUUGCCUCCCAAUGUGAAACACCCAAAGGAAUGCUUAAAGCUUUUUCUUGGGAGACUAGCGCUACAUCAGCAGUUUUUCGUGCCUAAAAACUUCAAACUCCUCGCUGUUCCCUUGUCCCAAAUCCAUGAGAAUGAAAAGACUUAUGGGCAAAUCAUAUCGCAGAUUCCCAAGCUUCUUUCGAAGUUCUCCUUCAACAUGAUGGAAAUAUGA